AUGUCUGUUAAUAGUGUUGUAGACUUGUUCAAAUCUAGUAAUCCUAGGUUUUGUUGUGGAGUGGAUGCUUUAGGCUUAAGUGGAGGUCUAGUCGUUCUAAGUUGGAGCUCUUUUGGGAUUACUUGUAUUUUUAAAUCUCCAAACUUUGUACUAUGUAAUAUAGUUGAACCUAAUGGAAGUAGCUACUAUGUGGCCGGGUCUAGUACAAUACAAGGAUGGGAUGACUUUGUUAAUUGGAGAAUUAGUAGUCAACUAUUGGAUAUUCCUUAUUCGGGUCCUAAGUUUACUUGGACUAACAAGAGAGAAGAGCCUCAUCUAAUUUUGGAGCGGUUAGAUAGAGGGUAUAUGACAAAUGAUUGGUUUAUGUCCUUCCCUGAUACUAAAAUUUCAAAUCAACCUUUCAUUGCAUCCGACCAUGCAGCAAUUGUCCUUGACACUGAAGGAAUACCUACUCGGAAAAAUAGACCCUACCAAAUAGAGAAUUGGUGCCUGGAAUUCACAGAAAUUUGUGAUCUUAUUGAUCGUACUUGGAGAAUACCAUGUCAAGGUUCACCGAUGUUUACUUUGUCGAGGAAACUAGUUCUCCUUAGAUUGAAAAUUCGAGGAUGGUAUCUGAGGAAUAAGAAAUUGUGGGGAGUCAAUUGGAGGGAGCUAAACGACAAUCUCUCGACAAUAGGUUUAAUGGUGAAAACUAUAGCUCAAGGGGGUACUUACAUAGAAAAGGUUGAUGAAGCGUAUUCUACUGCAGCUAUUAAAGUGAAAUCCUGGAAACAAAGAAUGAAAGAGAGAUGGGUAAAGGAAGGUGAUCUUCCUACUAAACUCUUAUACUCAAGAGUUAAGGCAAGGCAGAAGAAAAAUGAAGUCCUCACCUUAAAAAAUCAUGCGGGGCAGUGGACUGAAGGCCAAGACCAAGUACAGGAUCUCGUGGUUCAAUCACUAAAGCAAGUCUUUAUUUCAGAUCAAGAUCUUCCUCCUGAUGAUGAACUUGACAUGGUUUUAAGGGAGUUGGAUUUGCCUCAACUUUCACAAGGGAACGUUUCUAUGCUUGAGAGACCAUUUUAA